AACGGUGGCCUAAUAUUCACCAUGGAAAGGCUCUCUCUUUUUCUUCUUGCUGCUGCCAUAUUUGCUGCAACAUAUUGCCAUGCUUCUUCUGUUGAAAAGGGAGGGAUCUCCAAAACGAUACACCUUCUUCGCCCAAAAUCAGGCUCCGGAGGCGAACUUCUCCAAGGUAUUUCUUGCAAUAGUUGGCGUCUUGCUGUUGAAACCAAUAACUUCCGUAACUGGAAAACUGUUCCAAUCGAAUGUGGGGAUUAUGUUGGCCAUUACUUGUUAGGCCAGUACUACCGCCAAGAUUCAAGAUUUGUCACCCUAGAGGCUGCAAAAUAUGGUGAGAGCGUUAACCGCACUGGAGACGGUAAAGACAUUUGGGUAUUUGACAUCGACGAGACUACAUUAUCCAAUGUACCUUACUACGCUAAACAUGGAUUCGGGGUUCAACCAUAUAACGACACAGCCUUCAAUGCAUGGGUUGAUACCGGCAAAGCUCGAGCCUUGCCGGAAAGUCUUACAUUAUACAACAGAAUACUUUCUUUAGGCUUCAAAGUUGUAUUUUUGACUGGAAGAGCGGAAAUGCGUAGAGAAAUUACUAGGAAAAACCUUCGUGCAGCUGGAUACAAAAACUGGGAGAAGCUUCUUUUAAGGCAACCAUUAGAUGCACAUAAAUCAGCAGUUGUGUUUAAAUCUCAACAAAGGGCAAAGCUCGUGCAACAAGGAUAUAGAAUCCAAGGAAACAUUGGAGAUCAAUGGAGUGAUAUUUUGGGAACCGACAUCGGUAGCAGAACGUUCAAAUUGCCCGACCCUGUUUACUAUAUUAGUUAGCUAUU